AUGGAGAAGAUUGAGCACACAACCGUCCCCACCAACGGGAUCAACAUGCACGUGGCCUCCAUCGGCACCGGCCCACGCGCCAUCCUAUUCCUCCACGGCUUCCCGGAGCUGUGGUACACGUGGCGGCACCAGCUCCUCUCCCUCUCCUCCCUCGGCUACCGCUGCAUCGCCCCGGACCUCCGCGGGUACGGCGACACCGACUCCCCAUCCCCGGCGGCCCAGUACACCUCGUUCCACGUCGUCGGGGACCUCGUGGGCCUGCUUGACGCGCUGGAGAUCCAGCAGGUCUUCUUAGUGGGCCACGACUGGGGCGCCACGAUCGCGUGGCACCUCUCCCUGUUCCGGCCCGACAGAGUGAAGGCCCUGGUCAACACCAGCGUCCCCUUCCGGUCAAGGGCCUCGUCCCACGUGUCGCCCAUGACCGCAGCGCGGGCCGUGCUGGGCGACGACUUCUAUAUGUGCAGGUUCCAAGAAGUUGGAGUGAUGGAAGCCGAGUUCGCGGCGAUGGACACGAAAAUUGUCAUGACCAAAUUUCUCGGGCACCGCGACCCGAACCCGCCUCGUAUACCGAGGGAAACCGGGUUCGCGGGCCUCCCGGAUCCGCCCGCGUUCCCCUCCUGGCUGUCGCAAGAGGACGUUGGGUACUAUGCGGCCAAGUUUGAAAAGACCGGCUUCACCGGGGGAUUGAACUACUACCGGUCCAUUGACCUGACUUGGGAGAUGAUGGGCCCGUGGACGGGGGCGAAAGUGAUGGUGCCGGUGAAGUUCAUCGCCGGGGAGCUGGACCUGACGUUGAAGUUCCCCGGAACGGAGGAGUACAUUGAGGGAGGCAGGUUCAAGGAGGAAGUGCCGUUGUUGGAGGAAAUAGUGGUCUUGAAGGGCGUGGGUCACUUUCUCAACGAGGAGAGCCCUGAGGAAGUUACGAAACACAUUUUCGACUUCUUCAGCCAGUUUUAA